UGCUACUAAGCUAACUUUAGCUUUGACAACAAGGACAAAGCGGCUGCCACAAACCGCUAACGUUACAUAUGCUAACGUUUAACGUAGCAGUGGAAUGAACCAACAAUGGACACCCAUAUCAAGUCAUCACAUGGAUUCUUCCAGCAGCUCCCGUCUGAACAGGAAAUCAGUGAUACCCUGACACGCAGUGACCAGAGCAGUUGUGAAACGUCCUGGAGGAGUUCCAGAUGGUCUGCCAAGAAGGUCCACCAUUGGUCCACCGUGACCAUAAUGCAACGAUCACAUGGACGAUCCACCCCAUGGACGCUUCACAGCGAUGCCCAUCCUUGGCUCCAUGCCCGAUGCCAGCAGACCUCGUGGGAACCACAGAAACGUUCCUCCGGACCCAGAGAGUGCCCCGAACCGCAACUCAAACCAGUUGCUGGACAUCCAGGAGCAAGGAUCUCUCAGUCGCUGCGUGAACUGCGGGAGAGCCGUCUGGAUCUCCGGAGGAACAGAGUCGCAUGCAGCAACACCAAAAGCAGCUUCAGAGGCAGACUCAGCAGGCCCAGGAGCUCCAGAGUCAGCUGCAGUUAAAGGGCGCCUGGAGGAAGAGAAUGAAGCACUAAUGAAAAGGAGUAUAAGCUGGAGUGGAGAGCUCAGGUGUAGCAGUAAUGACAGAAAAACGCUCUUUGCAGAGUGCAGCACGGGGCUGAUUGGCUGCAGAGAUGCACCCAGGUGGGGCACAAAUGUAAAGACCUGCAGGCUCAUCUGGGGCAGAGACCUACCUCGCUUAUACAGUGCCAGAAACACACACAGGACACCGGGAGCAGUAGGGAACAUGGGAGCUGGCGGGCCGCCACUCACGGAGAGUCGAUCAGUGUUUGGCUCAGAGGGGAGAGGACGGAUAGAGAAGGAGGUGAAGAGGCAGAACGAAGAACAGGUUUCUGAGCUACAGGUGCAGAAAGACCAGCCAAAGAUGCUGCUGCAGGAUGAGAGGCAAGAGCUGCAAAGAAAGGUUGCUUAGUCCAGCUUCACAGCUGGGCUGAGAAUGAUGAACAUGAAGAAGGAUCUGGGAUGUCUAUGGAAUAGCGAGCUGCAGGAGAAGUAGAGAAGCUGUCUGGCCUUCUGGAGGACGAAAGAAACCUCAGCGUGGUGGCCCAAAACCGCAGGACCUGGUAAAAGACAGAGACGAAGACUGUGACAAGGACAGACAAAAAGGAGACAGCAGCAACAGGGCGGGACCUUCAAUCUGGAUGAGAUGGCCUAGUCUACAGCAGUAAUGACGAGAGGGCUCGGGGUGAUUGCAGUCGUGGAGGGGAGGUGGUGGGGGGAGCUGGUGGCAGCGUGCCGUGCGGUCACCCCCUCAUCACAUCAGAUCACAGGGUUCUAAUUAACUUCAGCACCGCAUCAGACUGCAAUCAGCAGAACCACAGAGGAAAUGAGAUUUUUUUUUCUCCAUGGCGCUCAAAAGCGUGGCGUAAAAAUGCAUAUUAGCCUUGUGUUUUUAAUUAACAUUUUGUGCUUAGGAAGCAUGUUAACAGUAUCCCUUAAUGAGCUUUGUGGAAAACGAGCCACACAGAGGACAAAGGGCAACUUCCCCCGUGUUUGCUGAUGUGCUGUUCUUUAUUCUAAUACAAUGAGAUUAGUAAUCACUGUUUAACCCCUCAUUCAAUAUUGCCUCCACAUAAUCCCCACCCCUACCACUGUCUCGGUAGAAUCGGACAUUAGUUGUGAUAGAGUGAGGCCUUUAUUUAUUAGGGUGUUGAGUCGUGGAACGGAGAUCUGUCUAGAUUUGGACUUAGUUUACUGUGGGCAUUUGUUCCUGUUGGACUCCUCACCCAUUC